AUCAUAAUGAUGUUAUGUCCACUAACCUCCAUCGACAAGUAAAAAGGAAAAUAAAGAGAGUAAAUUGACACGCAUUAGCAAUACAUAACCGUAAUUAAUUAUGCAAACAACAGAGAAGAGACAAGCUAGAGAGGGAUACAAAUGGCGGAACCCUGCCAUCUCAAAAGACUUCAAACCCCCUCCGCCUCUUCUUCUUCCACAAAGCCAAGGCCUUUUUGAUUCCGAGUCCUUUCUCCCGAACUUCAUUGCGAUCGGAGGAGAAUUAAAGGAGGAAGCUUUUGCUGAAUCGGAAAUGGUGUUCGAUCACGAAUCCUCUCUGAAAGAGCUCAAUCUGAAGAACAAACGAGUCAUGGGAGGAGGAUGGUCGGAGGAAGGAGCAGGGCGGUGGCCGCCGUGGCUGCGUCCGCUGCUGGCGACCCGGUUCUUCGCGCAAUGCGAGCUCCACGCCGAAGUGCAACGGAGCGAGUGCAACAUGUACUGUCUCGACUGCGCCGGCGGCGCCCUCUGCUCGCUCUGCCUCGCGCACCGUCACCGCGACCACCUCACGAUCCAGAUACGGCGGUCGUCGUACCACGACGUGAUCCGAGUGUCGGAGAUCCAGAAGGUGCUCGACAUCUCCGGCGUCCAGACCUACAUCAUCAACAGCGCCCGGAUCGUGUUCCUCAACGAGCGCCCACAGCCGAGGCCCGGCAAGGGCGUCAACAACACCUGCGAGGUCUGCGACCGGAGCCUCCUCGACUCCUUCCGCUUCUGCUCCCUCGGCUGCAAGCUCGCCAGCACCGGCACCCGCACCAGCAAGAAGAAUUCACCACUCAGACGGCAAACCACCGCGCCGGUGUCGGAAUCAGAGGACUCUUUCGCGAGCUCCAGCCGUGGGAGCGUGAGGAUGCAGAGAUCCACCCCUUCCGCGUCGCCGCCGGCCACCGGCGCACGGAGGAGGAAGGGCAUCCCUCAAAGAGCCCCCUUUAGCACUCAAUGACACUGCUUAAUUACAUAUUGUUUAUAGAAAACGACAAUUACCGACUAAGCUCAUUUCAUCUUCGUCGCGGAGCUAGAAACUCGAGCAAGAUGGAGAAGAAACCGAGGCCUGCCAUUUACUGGGCAUGAUUGCUACAGCUUGUGAUGAACGAUCUGUAAUAAAUUGCUCCCCUUCUUCCCCUCAACGUGCGUGCUAGACUACUAUUUGAUCUCACAGAUCAUUGGAGUUGGUAUGUGAUCGGAUAUUUGUUACAUAAAAUUACGGGGUCGAAAUUUAGGAUAAUUGGAGUGUAAAUCUAUGGUCCUUGUGUAACUCAUCCCACCUGCCACAUGCUUGCUCAGGAUGUUAUGAUUUACCUCCCUCGUGAUGGCCUUGGGUCGGGUGCGGCGGGAGCGCUGGGAGCGAGCAAUUUCGUCUUUUUUGCCACAUGUGCUAGACUACUAUUUUAGUCCCUCGGAUGGAUCUAGUAAUUAGCGUAUGAGAUGUUGCCACAAUGAGAUCUGGAAUCUCGAUAAAGCCGAGGUAAAUACCUCUCUUAUGUGUUAGUCACUAUUCUAAAAAACUAGUAGCCGUCUGUGAUUUACUUCCUCUGUGUUGAUCUUGAGA